GGAAUAGUGUGCUUCAAAACCAGUCACACAAGAACCGACAUUGAAAAGAGUUCACAAUGUAUACACUAUUUACAUUUUUAGCAAUCCUCGUCAUAUUGCCGCUGAUUUUUAAUUCAACCUUUCCCUACUUCUGGCGAGAUUUCUCCUAUAUGUUAAACUUCUUUCGAUACGGAAUGCGGUUUCGUAAAUACGAAAAGAAAAAACCCUACUUUUCUGUUUUGGAUUACUUUUUGGAAAUGGUGCAGAAGCAGCCGCACAAACCUUUUAUCGUGUUUGAAAACAAAACCUAUUCUUACCUGGACGCGGAUAAACAAAGCAAUAAAGUUGCCAGGGCUUUACAGAAGCACGCUGGCUUGAAAGAAGGAGACACCGUUGCAAUGUUUUUAGGGAACGAACCGGAUUUCAUUUGGAUCUGGCUGGGUCUGGCUAAAUUAGGAUGUGCUGCUGCAUUGCUGAAUUACAAUAUCAGAGCAAAAUCAUUGCUGCAUUGCUUCUCCUGCUGCGGGGCUCAUGCGCUAAUCGCUGCACCAGAGCUGAAAGGUGCUGUUGAAGACGUGCUGGCGUCACUCCAAGAGCAGAACGUGUCUGUUUUUAUCCUGAGUGAAGAGUCCACCACACCGGGGAUUGAAAGCCUUAAUGACAAGAUUCAUCAGGCUUCUGACCAGCCACUACCCCAGUCUCUGCGGUCCAAUGUUACCAUCAAAAGUACUGCAGUAUAUAUCUACACCUCUGGCACCACAGGCCUUCCCAAGGCUGCUGUCAUAACGCAGGAGCGGGUCUGGGCUUCGGCUUUGUUUCAGGAGAUGUGUGGAGUGAACUCGGAAGAUGUCUUCUACCUUAAUUUGCCUCUGUACCACAGCGCAGGGCUUUUGAUGGGACUGACGGGAGCCAUAGGAAAAGGUGUGGUCUUCUUCGUAUCAGUCAUCGGAAAAUUUCAGAGAUAUAACAUCGGUAUAACCGUUGUCUUACGGCGCAAGUUUUCAGCCUCUCAGUUUUGGGAUGACUGUCGGAAGCACAAUGUAACGGUUAUACAGUACAUCGGGGAGGUGCUGCGCUAUCUCUGCAACGUUCCGAAGAAAGACAGUGAUCGGGAUCACAAGGUUAGGCUUGCUUUUGGCAAUGGUGCCAGAGCAGACAUCUGGAAGGAGUUUUUAAAGCGAUUUGGAGAUAUUCGAAUCAGUGAAUGUUACGGUGCGACUGAGGGGAAUUUGGGCUUUGUCAACUAUGUUGGAAAGGUUGGUGCUAUUGGACGGGAGAUAUUUCUUCACAAGAAACUCUUCCCCUACGCGCUGAUUCAAUACGACACCGAGAGAGAAGAGCCUGUUCGGGACUCCCGAGGUCUUUGUGUCCCGGUUCCCAAAGGGGAGACUGGCCUGUUUGUAACAAAGAUCACCAAAGUGGCUCCUUUCAUCGGAUACGCAAGAAACCCGCAGCAAACUGAUAAGAAGAAGCUGAGAGACGUCUUCGAGAAAGGAGACCUCUACUUCAACAGCGGGGACCUCCUGAUGGUGGACCACGAAAACUUUGUGUACUUUCAAGACCGGAUUGGAGACACAUUCAGAUGGAAGGGGGAGAACGUGGCCACCACAGAAGUCUCCGAUACCCUGCUCAUGGUGGAUUGUAUCGAAGAAGCUAAUGUGUAUGGUGUUGUAGUCCCAGAUCAUGAUGGACGAAUAGGAAUGGCUGCUGUGAAGCUAGGGGAGGCUAAACAACUUGAGUGUGACAAGAUCUACAACCACGUUGUCACCUAUCUGCCCAGUUAUGCAAGACCACGCUUUCUUAGAAUUCAGAGUUCCUUAGAGGUCACUGGAACAUUCAAACAGAUGAAAGUCAAAUUAGCAGAAGAAGGUUUCAAUCCAGCUGUAGUCCAGGAUCCACUCUACUUUCUGGAUGAAAACGAAAAGACAUAUGUACCGAUGACCCAGGAAAUGUACAAUGCCAUCAUUUCAAAACAUGUCAGGCUAUGAGACUGUGCAUGUAAAUGAUCACAUUUUUGACUCAUUUAAGUGUGAUUGAUUAUUCACUUACCAAUAACUAUUAAAUACGAUAGAUUGAUGAUGUUGUGUUUGUUAUGCCCACUGCUUAUACUUGGGCUAAUAAGGGUCAUAAAAUAAUUUCUUCCUUAAAGUCCCCUUUUGAUACCAUCAGUAACAGCUACACUUGUACAUUAAAUCUAGUACUGUAAUGAUUUCAUAAUGAGAAAAUCAGUUUUCUAAUUAGAAUUUAAUUUUAAUGCACGAGAUGGUAUUGUGGUGCACAACACCAGUAAUUCUGAACUAUGCUGAUUGACAAGUAAACCUGUAGACAACCUGCACUAAAACACUGAAAAACCAGAGGGGCGUUGAAUGUCUUUAACAACACCUAGAUUUUGGGUAGGAGAAAACCAACUGCUUUACAAAGAGAAGAAAAUACAGUAUUUGUCUUCAAUUUGUAAUGUUGUUAUGACACGGACCUGUGAUAACUUACAAAAUACCUUUGAGCAGAUAUAAAGUGACUAUUUGUGUACUUGUUUUAACAUACAAUAUAUUUUGCUUUGUGCUUUAAAAUUGUAACAAUUCCUGCAAUGUGAUUGUAAGCCAGCAAACAUUACACCAAAUGGAGUAAAGUGACUUUUCUGAAUACUAA